CCUGCUUUCUGGUCCAGAGUUCAAACUCUCAGGCGGGACAGUCAGCAAGUCCGACUCCGUAAAACUUCAGCAACAUGGAAUAUGAUGAGAGCCUCUUAAUGCAGCGUUUUGACGAUUUUAAACUGAUCACAGAGGCACGACACGAGGAACAGAUGACUCUCCACUGCGCGCGAUGUAACACCGUCCUGGGGGACUCCUUCAGCGUCUGUGGGGAGAUUAAAUGUAUGGACUCUAUUAUGUGUCUAAGAGUAACCAAUGAUGUGGUCAUCAGUGAUGCAAUGGAGUCAGGGCAUACAGGGGUAAUGGCUAAUUGCAUCUACAGUUCUCUAAAAUGCUGCGGCUGCCGCUGUGCUGUGGGCCGAGUUAUUCACUCAGCUCCGCCACGUUUGGACGUGACUCGCUCCCUCUUCCUCCUCUACAAAGCAAACAUCAGUUGUUACAUCCUCAACAACAGCUCAAUGGUGAAAGCAUCCACACUCACAUUUGAUAUGAAGCCUCUCAGAGAAAAGAUGAAUGAGGUGAAGCAGCAGUUUGAGGCUCAGUUGGAUCUGAUUUCACGCGUUAGGAGCAGACUGUCGGACAGGAGUGAAACCAGUGAACUGGACAAGUAGUCUAGACUGUACCUUGUCCUGCGGGACCAUGUGCUCUUCAGUCUGCUGCCUCCUGUAGCGUUUGUGUUUUAUGUUGUAAUGUUUUUUUAUGUUUUCAUUAAAUGGUUUUUGGUGAUGCAGACAUUGAUGUGUCUGUUUAUGUCCCUGCAGCUGCCACACUAAUCCAUUUUUAAAGGAUUCUGGCUUGUAAUUUUUAGACUGAGAUAAGAGCCAGGCUAGCGUUGCUCCUGCUUCCAGUCUUUAUGCUAAGCUAGGCUAAUUGCCCUCUAGCUCCAGCAGCCCUAACCCUAGCAUAAAGACAUCUUUGCUAACUCUCAGAGAGUUUCUGUCCCCACCCUCGUGUUAAGGACGUAGGAAUAAUGUAUUUGAUUCACUAACAUUGUUUUCUGGCAUGUAACAGGCAUUCCAGCCUCACAGGGUUGUUACUGACGCUUGCUCUUAUGCCAAAAAUGAUAACGUGCAUCAUGUUGUUCUCUCCAUUACUCCACCCAAACUGUAAGUAAACAUCAACACCCAGCCGUCCAAUUGGCACCAUGCUGCAUUUUAUUGCUGAAUUUCUGAUACAGAUUCAUUUUUUUCUUUUAGUUAAUACAAAACCAGACAAGAGGCUCACACAUAAUAAGCAUGCCCACUUCCUCCGUCUGGAGUGCAUAGUUUCUACACAGUCCACCUCCUCAGUGGAAAAGUUGAUUAACAAAGUAAUGUCAUUAAUCUUCUUACCUAGGCUUUUGUGUUUUCUUUUUUUUUUUUUCAUGGGGAACAAAGGUUGGUCAGUGUUUUUCAGCUGCACUGUGGCAGUUCUGCCAGGGCCAUGUUUGACACAACAGACAGUGAGAGCAGAAACACUUCAAACUGCUCUCCACUACUUCUUUUUUUGGUGCUGUUUAGUCUGUAAAAACCACAACUGAUGAUCAAAGCUACUUCAACAUGCUUGUUGUCGUGUCAAUCAACCGUCCCCAAGUUGUCACCUUGUCACAGAACAUCUGAUAUGAACAUUUCAAUAUCCUAAUUACACCCAUUCACAUUACAAAGUUGGAUUAUUGCAUGCAAUACAAAUCAUUCAUUAUUCUGCUAAGUCAUGCAUAUUUUUUAAACCCAUAUAUUCAUGUUGCUAGACGCCUAUUUGCUUAUAAACUGUGAUUAUAAAUCCCCACAAAGAGCAUUACAGGGUUUUUAGAACACAUUAUUCAAGACAGGAUGAUGGUGAUGAUGAUGAUGACAAUGAUGAUGAUGAUGGUGCAAGUCAGUACAUAGAGAGAAAGUGCUUUUCAAACAAGUGUCAAGUUCGUUCAGUAAGUACUUUGCAGCCACAGAGUUACUGAAAGCCUAUGUUUCUAAAGGAAGGGGUUCAGUGGAUGUAAAAUGCUACAAGUGUUAAAAUGUAAAGCAUCUCUCAUGUACUGAUCGGUUUAGAUUAUUGUUUUUGUGCUGAAAGAACACGAGGCAGGGAAAAUAGUCUCUGAAAAAUAUAAGUAUUUAGUUAAAUUUGUCAGUGUAAUACCGUUAUGCUACAGAAGUCCUCACACCUUGUUCUGCAGGACGUUUCCCAAACCUUCAGAAGUGAUACUGUAUUUUAAAACCAUUUUAAAACCAAAUAUUAUACCACUCCCCAAAAAAGUGACCAAUGGAUAAACAGCUACCAUAGGCAUAAAAAGGGGGGGGGGGUCCUUUUAACACAUACACCCUGGCACUAAACUCAUGCAUUAUAGUAGGUUAUUGCUUCUAAAACUAAUCAAAUACAAUUUUAUGGAUUGAAAUAUAACGCUCUGAAUCCCAAAACUAUGAGGUAUUAUGUACAAUACAAUGUCAUGGUGAGAUCUUAAUUCUAGGACUAAAACACCACGUUGGAUCUCUACCAAUCAGAUCCAAAUCUAGGAUUAAUUACACUCUUAAUAUAGUGUUUCUCUGAAGGUUUCUAUCAUUGUCACGUUUGAGACUUGUCUCUUGGGAGCCUCUUGGAUGUCUCUUCUCUACCUAACUCUUUGGAUGCUUGAGAGUGCACGAGUACAUUUUAGAAUAUCUCUUCAGCUUUUUUUUUUUUUUUUUAAA